UCAGUGCAAGUCAUGCUAAACAAAGUGCGAGACUCAAUCUCAUUAUUUCCAUGUUACAUGAUAGGUAGCCUAUUAUAAUUUUAUUUCUCCUGAUAUCAUUUCCAUUUCUUUAUAGUUUUUUUCAGCAUUGGUAAAAUUGUCCUUGGAGCUCCAUGUAUCAUGGCAUUUUUAAUAUUCAAAUGGCGACAAAAACAUUUAUCUAUGUAUGAUGGCAUCGAAAAUUUUCUACGUAGCGACAAUAGCAUCAUGCCUAUAAGAUACUCUUACAAAGACAUAAAAAAGAUAACAGAACAAUUCAAGACAAAACUAGGCAAUGGAGGUUACGGAUCUGUUUUCAAAGGACAACUUCGAAGUGGUCGUCUUGUAGCAGUCAAGUUAUUGGACAAUGGCAAGUCUAAUGGUCAAGAUUUUGUUAAUGAAGUUGCAACCAUUGGUAGGAUUCACCAUGUUAACGUGGUACAACUCAUUGGUUUUUGUGUGGAGGGUUCAAAACGUGCUCUUAUAUAUGAAUUCAUGCCGAAUGGGUCACUUGAAAAAUACAUAUUUUCUCAUACUGAAGAGAGUAAUUCCUUGAGUUGUGAAAAAUUGUAUGACAUUUCUCUUGGAGUGGCUCGAGGCAUUGAGUACUUGCAUAAUGGAUGCAAUAUGAAAAUUCUACACUUUGACAUAAAGCCUCAUAACAUCCUUCUCGAUGAAAAUUUCAAUCCAAAAGUUUCUGAUUUUGGACUAGCUAGACUUUGUCCAACCGAUAAUAGUAUUGUGUCAUUAACUGCAGUAAGAGGAACCAUUGGAUACAUGGCCCCUGAACUAUUCUACAGAAAUGUCGGCACAAUAUCUUACAAAGCCGAUGUCUAUAGUUUUGGGAUGUUGUUAAUGGAGAUGGCAAGUAGAAGGAAGAAUUUGAAUGCAUUAGCUGAGCAAUCCAGCCAAAUUUAUUUUCCUUUUUGGGUUUAUGAUCAGUUACAUGAUGGAAUAGAUGUAACAAUUGAGAAUGACACAGAUAACGAAAUGAAAUUGGCAAAGAAAAUGAUGAUUGUAGCUUUGUGGUGUAUACAGACAAAACCUAAUGACCGUCCUCCAAUGGAUAAAGUGUUGGAGAUGCUUGAAGAAGAAGAUGAGAAUUUGCAAAUUCCUAACAAGUGUUACAUUUAUGCACAAGAUGUAAGAGCUGAGGAUGUUACUGAUAAUACUGCUAGCAGUUCAUGGUCUUCCUCUUGUACAUCAAUAACUUAUUCCAAGGAAUAAAAAGUGUUGGAUAUAUAUAUGUAUUUUCUUAAUGGAUAUUCUCAUAUUCAUAAAAAUAAAAAUGAAUAUUUUCUUUAUUUGCUUGUUAAUAGAUUUCUUCAACCUGAAGUAAGGAUAUGUGAAGGAAUAAUGAUGAUGAAGACGGAUGAGGAUUGCAAUGGUGAUGAUGGUUGUUGUAGUUAGAAAAAAAAGCUGAAAAUAUAGAUUUAUUUUUUGUGAUCAACCAGUAAUGUGGCUUAAUUACAUUUGAAAAAGAUUUCCACAGUUU